UCCAAGCGGCUACUGCUUGCCUCCUCUUAAAGCCAUGAUAGCCAAUGACUAUAAAAAAAAAACAAACAAAUUCUAACAAAAAUCAAAUUCUUCAAUUUCCUCAAAUGCUACUACUACUACAACAACAACAACGACACCAACAAUUCCUCUCUAUCCAAUUUCUAUCGAUAGAGGGAAAUCGAAUCCUUAUUUUCUAAAAUUUUUCUUUUUUUUUUUUCGUUGUGAGGAAAUCAAGAUCGAUAGGAUCGGAGUUUUUGAGGUUGAAUUUCGAUAUAAUUUAGAAAGGGAGAGAGAGGGGGGGAUCGGGAAAAAAAAGAAGAAGGCCAAAAGAGCAGGCAAUUUGGCUGAAACAUGUCUGCCAUAGUUUCAGGAAAGAGAUCUUUCUUUGAGGAAUUGACUGCCACACCUCCCGUUUCCAAGAGAAUCCGUUGCUCUUCUCGCUUUGCUUCUUCUUCUUCUUCCUCUUCUUUCUCUCCUUCUUCUUCGCCGCCAUCGUCGCCACCCUCAUCGUUUUUGAUCGAUCAAUUGAUUGCUAUUUUCCCUGAAAUGGACAAGCAGGUUCUUGAGAGAGCACUUGAAGAAUGUGGAGAUGAUUUGAAUUCAGCUAUUAGAAGUUUGAAUGAGCUUCGUUUAGGAUCUGCUGAUAGAAAUGCAGCAUCCGCUGCUGAUAAAACUGGUGUAGUAUUAGAAGGAAAUGUUCAACUUCAAGCACAAGGUGUAGCAACUGCUAAUGGAGAUGUUCCAACUAAGGAACAGACAGCCCCAGAAGUCUUCUCAAUGGAUGGAUCAGAUUGGGUGGAGCUUUUUGUUAGAGAAAUGUUGAAUGCUUCUAACAUUGACGAUGCCAGAGCUCGUGCUUCAAGAGCACUGGAGGUUUUGGAGAAGUCCAUUCAUGCACGUGCUGGAGCGGAGGUGGCCCAAAAUUUUCACCAGGAAAAUAUGAUGCUGAAAGAACAACUAGAAGCACUUAUUCAGGAAAAUACCAUUCUCAAGCGAGCUGUUGCUGUUCAGCAUGAGCGUCAGAAAGAGUAUGAAGAUAAGAGCCAGGAGUUGCAGCAUCUAAAGCAACUAGUAUCUCAGUAUCAGGAGCAGUUGAGAACCCUCGAGGUAAACAACUAUGCAUUGACAAUGCACUUGAAGCAAGCACAGCAGAGUAGCUCUAUCCCAGGCCGUUUCAACCCUGAUGUUUUCUAGUAAUUCUUGGAUAUAGCUUUGCAGAUGCCUUGUGUGCAACCCUGUGCUUGAAUCUUAUCAAAAGUUUUGCCAACAAUCUUUAGCCACUUAUAAUUUGUAAUAUGCUUCAAUUUUUGCGACGCUGUGCGGUGGUGUAUUUUUUUUUUCUUUUUACAGAAGGAUAGGCUGCAGUCAAAAGAUGUGCCUCAUUUUUUAAGGAAAUACAUGCAUGGUAAUUUGUCUGCCAAACUAUUUACUUGAGGUGGAUAUUUGAUAGUUAAAGAUGUUGGUAGCUUUAUAUAUCCACUGACAUGAACCUUUUAUUUGUAUCCACAUGCAUAUAUAUGCUUUAGGAGAAUAUAUAGAACUUAGAAGUCUGGAUUUUGUCCUGCUAUUAAGCCACAAAAAUGGUGCCCUUAUGCAAUUACUUGGAGUGUAAGUUUUCUUACGAUAGCCGGUAGCAUGAAGGGAAAAAGAGCAGAAAAUUUGCUUCAAGCGUGCCAUCAGAUGCCUCUAUAUGUUGUUUUGACUUUCCUUGUGAUCGCAUAACACUUAGUUGCAAUAUAAUGAUGAUCGUCAUAUGUAUA